AUGGGUAACGAAGAAUCAACACCAGUGACUCAUAGAAAAGCUCCAGUGGAACCAAAGAAAUCUGCUUCCAAAAUAGUAGAAGUAAAAGCUCCUGCAAGAACCCUCAACUCCAACCGUCUCCGACCAGAAUACGGCUCAAUGGACCAAAAAAUGCCCAAAACAAAUCAGUACAAAUCCUUCAAAAAAUACGAUGCAAUUGAAGGUGGAGGAUAUAGGAGUGAACGGAAAGAGAAAGAAGAGAGUCAUGUUAAGAGAGUAGAGCAGGAAUAUUGUAAAGUUGGGAGAUCAGGGGUAGAAGACUUUAAGGAGGAGGAGAAUGUGUCAGAACUCUAUAAAAUGUCGAAAAAUCAGCUAGUAUCUCGUAUUACGAAAAUGCAAAGGAAGAUACAUAUGUCAGAAGGAGGUUCGAACUAUGGGAGUGAGGCCAAGAAGAGGAUCAGGCCAAAUAAUCAUCAAGCUGAUAUCUCAUCCAACAAUCCAAUUAUCAGACAUUCGAAGAAGAGAGGAACCAAAGGGAGUAUUAACUCAGAUGGGAACUGUAGAACUAUCAAAAGAAGGUUUGGCAAACGCAUGCUUGGUUCAGACCAGUCCUCACAGAAGCAAAGUGCAGGCGGCACUAGUUUUAGGAGUGGAAAAAUUAAUAUUUUUGGCAAGAAACCUACAGAGAAUAAGAAGGCGAACCUUUUUAAGCCAAAUAGUACAGCCGGAGCAAUGGAGUAUUUUAGACAGAAAGAAAAAGAGAGAGUUGUUUCAAUGAAAUACUCAGAGAAUCAGGAAAAGCCAAAAGCAAAGCUACCAAAAUUCCAAAGAUUGGCUGCUUAUAAGUCAAAACCUAAAAAUAAAACAAUUCUUUUUAAGAAGAAGGAAACUUUAAAACAUGAAGAGCAAAAAUAUGCCAAACCAGAGCAAGAGCCUGAGGAGAGCCAUGAUUCUCAGACAGGGAAUAGCUUUAGAGAGUCUGCUGUUCACAAUUCAUCAUUCAUAACAUUUGGAAGAGCGAGUGAAGGAAGAGAAGAAGUAGGUGAGAUCAAGAAGUAUCAUGCUGAGCAAGGAUAACCUUAUGAAGAAUUCAAUAAUGAUUUCAACAAUUAUUCAAUUACUCA